AUGUGUCAGAGCACCUUUUUCAACCCCAAAUGGAAGCUACGGGAGCACAUUCUGUUGCUCUUCCUGGUCGUUUUGCUUCUCGUUCUAACGGGCACCUACCUGAACCUGGCCCCCUUCAUAACCCCACCUGACAUCAUGGGCAUCGUUUAUUCCAUCAAAUCGAUCUUUAUCGUCGCCUAUCAACUUCUCACCGAACACACACGUCGGUUCGCCAGAUGGAAGAUCUUGAAGGCGAACUUCAUACUGAACUGCAUGGAGUCUGUUUUUUGGCUCACCCUCAUUGUGCUCAAGUUCAUGGGCAUUUCGAGAUUUUGCAUUGGGAGCAGCUGCGCGGUAGCGUGGGUCGGCACGUUUGUGGUUAUUAUCAUCUUACCGAAACGAACAGUGGUCAGGCCCCGUCCACACCCGAAAACGCGAACAGGAUGCCGGACCUGCAAGAGACGCAGGGUCAAGUGCGAUGAAAGUAGACCGUCAUGUCGUAGAUGCAUAAAGAGUGGACUGCCAUGCGAUUUUAUCAUUCAUGGUGCCUCGUCUGCCUCUCCCGCCGUCCCGGUGGACCAGGACCCGUUGCCGCCGCCUCAACAUCCGGUGUCUACAGUCUCGUCUCCAUGCGAGAUCAACCUGAUGGACCUCGAACUCAUGCACAACUUCACCACCUUUACUUACACGACCAUGGUCAGCGACCCAGCAGUCCGGCAACUGCUACGAACGACAGCCGUCCACAUGGCUGCCGACUGCGAAUACCUCAUGCGCUCCAUCCUCGCUGUCUCUGCUCUUCACCUGUCCCGAUAUCGCCCGCAAAAGAAGGCUCUGUACCUCCAGCGCGCCAUGGACCACCACCAGGCCGCCAGCGCUGCCGCCAUUGAGUUGCUGGCUGACUUGCAGGCUGACGAGUGCGAGAGGCUACAUCUGUUCUCUAUGCUAACGAUUUACUACGCUAUAGCAUGUCCCGUAAACGAAGCAGACCUCGAGCCAGGCAGCCCCCUAAUCCCCAACUGGCUGCGUCUCCUUCACGGAAUGGAACCCAUCCUGCACGUGUUAAACCCCCAAAACUACCGCGGCACACUAACCCCCCUAUUCGAAUUCGGCCGGAGCCGUAUGCUACCGUUCCUGAGAACAACACCGCCCCGGGACCCGAACUUGCUCGUAGACGUCCAAUCCCUCAUCCACCGCACCUGCGCCAACCCUGAUCUUAUCCUCAUCUACGACGAUAUGAUUGAGCAGCUCCGUCGCGUGCUUGGGCUGAUCCUGACACCACCUCGCGGCGCCAUGGGUGCGACCCACGUCCAUUCUCAUGGGUCCAGCGUCCCACAAACACCAGGCGGAGCUACAAUGCCGGGAUCGUCUCCAUCAGGCGCAGCAGGAGCGGGAGCGGCCCCAGAGGCUUUACCAUGGACGAAACUAGAGGCGUGGGACAUCUUGAUAUGGCAAUGGACACAAGGGAAGCAUUUCCUCCCGUUGCUCGAUGCCGUCGAUCCGCCGCAGGAAGCCUUGGUCAUAUUCGCGUAUUGUCUGCUCGUAGUGAGGAAGCUUGAAAGCCAGUGGUAUGUCGAGGGUUGGGCGGAUCAUCUCAUGGGGAAAACGUGGGCGUUGCUGGAUGCUGAGCAUCGCCAUUGGGUUGUUUGGGCGACGGAGGAGAUGGGUUGGAUUCCGCCAAGGUAG